UAUCGCAACGUCACGGAAAUACAUAACAGCAGUACAUGUACAUGUAUAAGUAGGCCCAUUCAGUAUGUGUUCAGUUAGGCAGAAUGGAGUAGAGCGACGAAGUUGAGUCUCAUCUUCAGACUUUCGGCGUAAUUUAAGCAUGGAUUUAGCAUUUUCUGGAUGCGGUUUCCUAGGCAUCUAUCAUAUUGGUGUGGCCAGUUGUUUCAAAGAACAUGCACCAAAUCUGAUUCGAAAUAUCAGUGGUGCUUCGGCCGGCGCGUUAGUGGCUUGUUGUAUUGUAGCAGAUAUCGACUUUGGUAAGGCGACCGAUAAUGUGCUGAGGUUGGUUCAGAAAGCUAGAUCUCGUCUACUUGGUCCAUUCCAUCCAUUCUUUGAUCUCCAUGGCUACAUGAAUGAGCGUAUGCACAAAGUUCUUCCAGAUGACAUCCACAAACUGGCAUCUGGCAGAUUACAUGUGUCACUCACCAGGGUAUGGGACAAGACCAAUGUCAUUGUAUCAGACUUCAAAUCGAAGGAAGAAGUCAUUGAGGCAGUUUUAUGCAGUGCCUUUGUGCCAUGCUACUCGGGAUUAAUCCCGCCUACAUUCAGAGGAACAAGAUACUGGGAUGGUGGCAUCUCCAACAAUUGUCCUGUCUUGAGUCCAGACACUGUCACAAUCUGUCCCUUCUCAGGGGACUUUGAUAUAUGUCCAUCCUCUCAGGAGUUUGGUGAUUACCUUCAGUUUACCUCAGCAAACAUCAAUAUUCAUUUGACUUCUACUAAUUUCUGGCGUUUGUCAAGAGCUUUGUAUCCACCAGAACCAGAGAAGCUCAGGAAGUUAUGUCAGCAAGGAUAUGAUGAUACACUACGUUACCUACAAUCACAUGCUGUAGUUCCAUGCAAUCGGCAUCUAAGUUUAAGCAGAUCGCAAUCCUCCAGUGGUUUGAGCAGUGAACGUCGCCGGCUAUCAGAUGCUCAGAUGUCACUUCGAAGUACUCUGUUAUCCCGAUCCUCUCUACAGUCACUCAGCACUGACUUACAACUUCUACAAGACAUUCUGGAAGCAAGUGAUAAUGAAACGUGGGAAGAGUGGAAUGAUGAAGACUUCUUUGAAGAUGAGGAUGAGUGUGAAGAUUGUAAAAUCAGAGCAGAACAAACUAUGUUAAAAGGAAGUCUACCACCCCAGGUCACAAAUGCUAUUAGAGAGGCCAUCAUGCUGGACAACACUCUGCUGAAUUAUUUAUUCAAAUUCAAGAUGUUCAAGGCAGUAUCAUUCAUGGCGCUUCCAUAUGUCAUCACAUUUGAGACAGUGGUACUCUUCACAGUCAGGUUUGCCAAAAUGCUACCCAGAGUUCAUCGUGAUGUUCAUCGGAUUUGGAAGCAACUGAUGGGUCUGAUUAGACACAUGCUGGAACACACUCCUGCUGCCAGUCUACUAGAAAGGCUCUCACCUGGAGAUAGAGAAGAAUUCCUAGCUUCCAUUACCGAUGAGAAUUUGUCAGUUUCCUUCCAUGAAGGCAAGACGAUGAAGAUGCACAAUCACCGUGGUUGGCACAGACACCACCCACGUGUCAGAGGAACACUGCCGGACUGUGUCUUAGAUACCUUUGAUUUAUGUGAAGAUGUCUUCCCUGAAUCAAGGUCAAGAAGUACAUCACACCUCCAGGAAGGAGACAAGUAUUGUGGGAACCUGUAUGAUAGCUUUGAUCACACUAUAAAAAUAAGUUUUGAGAUGGAAGAUGUGAUAGUGUUCCAUUAUCUCAAAGAAUCUUGCCUUAUUGAUGUGUCUAGUCCUAAGAAUUCAGAGAUGGUUCUAGUUGAUACAUAACAUUGCCUGUUGGGGUCAUCAUGCAUUUACCUGUGCUGAACCUCUAAUGAGGCUGAUAUUUGGAGCAUUAUAUGCAGUCUACAUUUGGUGCAUCAGUUGUUUGUUUAACCCCAACAGUCUCAAAUCCUCCGAUUUCAAUAUGAUUUUACAUACACCCUAGGGGGUUAAUAAAUGUAAUGACUCCAUACAAAGCAGCUGCACUCCUUAAAUUUCUAAAUUUUAAGUCAUCAGUUUUAUCCCUGAAAAGUUGUGUUUUGGGUCAUGUUUACUGCUCUAUACAAUGUGAAUUGAUUCUGUCUCGGAAAUAUUGAUGUGGAUUUUGAAAAAAACUCUUCUUGUGAAAUUAACUUUCAUAACUUGUUUCUGACACCUUGUAUGACUUUGUAAAUUGAUGUACAUGGUCAUGCCUUGAUAAAUUGAGACAAUGAUGAAUUAGGAUGUUCAGCCAUAGAGUGUGUUUAAGAAUCAUUGGUUGGCUCAGUAAUUGCUGGGUUCCGUUUGUCAUCACUGAAAGCACUGUCCUAAAAUCAUUUGCAAAACUGCAAUUUUUUUAUUGGUUUGUUUAGUAGCCUAAUUGGGCAAUGGUUUGAUUAUUCUGUCGGGUGCUGUGUGAUCUUUUUGCCUGCUACUGCAAUAGUGGAUAAGAAUGGGUGCAUGUAUGCUGAAUCUUCCUAUCCUAAUUGAUCCAUAGAAACUGCCAAUUGAUAUGAAAGUCCAUUUAUAAGGGUUAGGUGCAGUCGGGAACAUCUACAUAUACAAACUGAAGCAACUGAUAUGGAUCAUGUAAACUGGGUUGGAAGAAGUGUGUGAACUUUUUGUACACAUGUACAAACUGUACAUGUAAUUACGUCAAUUGAACGUGACAAUUUAAAAUGCCAUACUGGCAACACUGACAUUGACCUAAUAAGUAAUAUAUUUCCUAUAUAUUUUGGAGAACAGCAAAUGCGAGGAAGGUUUAUUGUGAUGCUUCAGCCUAUAUUACAUGUAUGAUACGCAUGGUUGAUGUAAUCAUUGAGAAGAUUUAAUGAUGUACAGAGAUCCUAAUUAUUUACAGUGAUGCAGACUCAGUAUUAAGAUACUUGUAAAAGAAAAUGAACAUUUGUAAAUAACUGCCUUUGCAACUGUAAAUGGUAAUAACCUAUUUUUAUGGCAAUUUAACUUAAGUAGAUAAUCUUUUGGUGACACUGCAGAGUUUAUGCUGCUAUAUAUUUAAGGUUCUUCUCAAUGCUGCCUUCAGCUGCUCACCUUUUAUGUACCAUCACCUGAAGUUUGUUCAUGGGUUUAAUUUUUGCAUCAGGUAUUAGGUUUUAUCAACUGAAGUAUGCCACUAUUGUUCACCUAUUCAGUUGUUGGACUUCAGCCAUUUUAUCAUGCAAUGUCAAACAAAAGUAUUAAAUUGUGUGCAUUUGUACUGAGCAUUCGCCUAAAGUGGUCGGUACUGGUUAUGUAAGGUAUACUUUUAGUUGUGUGUCCUAUUGUAGAGUAAGGCGACCUACCUAAGAUAUGCUGCAUCCGUAUCCAGCACUGAAAACGGCAAUAAUAACAGGAAACUCGGCUCACAUGAUAAUGAUGCCCUGUUCAUGUAACUUUGGUAAAAGCUGGUUGGAUGGCUUGGCAAAAAAGCACAUUGUCAAGAGAUUCAAUAACGUAACAAGAGUCAAGUUACUAUUUGCAUUUACGCUUUCAAAUUUUCCUGUCACCUUCACUGUGCCUUGAAAAUCUGGACUGUAAAAUCAAUGAUUAAACAGAAGUUUAUAAAUUCAAGAGUGUUUAGGUGAAUGAAAGUUCUUGUUUGACACCUGACAGGCACAAAAGGAGUUGGUUUUGUCAGCUUUUCUUAUCAUUUAAUGCAGCCUUGCAUAAAUUCUUUACACAGUCCAAAAUAGUUGAAGUACAGUAAAUUAAAGGGUAACAGAAGUUGGAA